UCUUCCCAGGGAAUUGUAGCUUUAUGACGGAAGUAAGGAACUCCUAAUCACACAGGGGCAUGUGGCCCCCAGAAGGUGACCCACGAGGGAAUUUGGCCCUCGGGCUGACAAAAACAUUCCCCAGAUUUUCCCUGGCUGUUCUUGAUAUGCAGGCUCAGGUGUGACCCUCAAGUUCACCUACAGAUACAGCGGGCUCCACAUACAGUUUCCUUCUGGGUAGCUGCAGCCCAUCCCAGUCCGCCUGCUUCACCUGCUGGUCUCGGGGAGGUGCACAAUGGAUCUGGCCUACGUCUGCGAAUGGGAGAAGCGUCCCAAGAGCCAUCACUGCCCAUCCAUCCUGUUGGUCUGCGCCUGGUCCUGCCGCAACCUGAUUGCUUUCACCACAGACCUCAAAAACGAGGAAGAGAAAGAUCUCACCCACAUGAUCCACAUCCUCGACACCGAACACCCGUGGGAUGUCUACUCCGUCAAUUCCGGACACAUCGAAAUCAUCACGUGCUUGGAGUGGGACCAGUCAGGCUCCAGGCUCCUGUCUGCCGACGCGGACGGGCACAUCAAGUGCUGGACCAUGAUGGACCACCUGGCGAACAGCUGGGAGAGCACCGUGGGCAGCGUUGUGGAGGGGGACCCCGUCGUGGCGCUCUCGUGGUUGCAUAACGGGGUGAAACUGGCUCUGCACGUGGAGAAGUCGGGAGCUUCGAACUUUGGGGAGAAGUUCUCCCGGGUCAAGUUCUCCCCAUCGCUCACCCUCUUUGGUGGGAAACCAAUGGAAGGCUGGAUUGCAGUCACCAUCAGUGGCCUGGUCACAGUCUCGCUGCUGAAACCCAACGGGCAGGUGCUGACCUCCACGGAGAGCCUGUGCCGCCUGCGGUGCCGGGUGGCCCUGGCCGACAUCGCCUUCACGGGCGGGGGCAACAUUGUGGUGGCCACCUCUGAUGGUAGCAGCGCUUCCCCCGUCCAGUUCUACAAGGUCUGCGUCAGUGUGGUGAACGAGAAGUGUAAGAUCGACACGGAGAUCCUCCCCUCGCUUUUCAUGCGCUGCACCACGGAUCCGGCCCGGAAGGACAAGUACCCAGCCAUCACUCACCUGAAAUUCCUUACCCGGGAUAUGUCUGAGCAGAUGCUUCUGUGUGCUUCCAAUCAAAACAACAGCAUUGUGGAGUGCUGGUCUCUCCGGAAAGAAGGGCUGCCGGUCAACAACAUCUUCCAGCAGAUCUCCCCAACAGUUGGCGACAAGCCGCCGAUGAUCCUGAAGUGGCGGAUCCUUUCAGCCACCAACGAUUUGGACCGGGUUUCGGCCGUGGCACUCCCCAAGCUGCCCAUCUCCUUGACCAGCACGGAUUUGAAAGUGGCCAAUGACACCAAAUUCUACCCUGGGUUAGGCCUGGCCCUCGCCUUUCACGACGGCAGCGUCCACAUCAUCCACCGUGUCUCGCUGCAGACCAUGGCAGUCUUCUACGGCGCCACCUCCCAGCGGCCGGUGGACGAGCAGGCCAUCAAGAGGCAGCGGGCGGCCAGCCCCCUGGUCCACUUCAAAGCCAUGCAGAUGUCCUGGACAUCGCUGGCCUUAGUUGGCAUCGACAGCCACGGGAAGCUGUGCAUGCUACGCAUCUCUCCGUCCAUGGGGCACAUGCUGGACCUGAACAUCUCUCUGCGCCACUUGCUCUUCCUCCUGGAAUACUGCAUGGUGACCGGCUAUGACUGGUGGGACAUCCUGCUUCACGUCCAGCCUGGCAUGGUGCAAAACCUGGUGGAGAAACUCCAUGAGGAAUACAUGCGGCAGAACGCGGCUCUACAGCAGGUCCUCUCUACGCGCAUCAUUUCCAUGAAAGCUUCGCUGUGCAAGCUCUCCUCUGCUACGGUGGCACGGGUGUGCGAUUACCAUGCCAAGCUUUUCUUGAUCGCCAUCAGCUGCACCCUGAAAUCGCUCCUCCGCCCCCCUGUCCUGAACACGCCAGACAAGAGCCCUGGGGACCGGCUUACUGAGAUCUGCUCCAAGAUCACAGACAUAGAUAUUGACAAGGUGAUGAUUAACCUGAAGACGGAAGAGUUUGUCCUGGAGAUGACCACCUUGCAGUCGCUCCAGCAGCUGAUCCAGUGGGUGGGCGACUUCGUCCUCUACCUGCUCGCCAGCCUCCCCAACCAGGGUUCUGGUCCGGUUCGUCCAGGUCACAGCUUCCUGCGGGACGGCGCCUCUCUGGGCAUGCUCCGCGAACUGAUGGUCGUGAUCCGCAUCUGGGGCCUCUUGAAGCCAAGCUGCCUCCCUAUUUAUACGGCAACUUCUGACACUCAGGACAGCAUGUCCCUCCUUUUCCGCCUCCUCACCAAACUUUGGCUGUGCUGUCGUGACGAGGGCCACCCCAGCGAGCCGGAUGACACCUUGAUCGACGAGUGUUGUCUGCUGCCCAGCCAGCUCCUCAUCCCCAACAUCGACUGGCUCCCUGUCAACGACGCCAUCAUCAACAAGCUGCAGAACAAGCAGCCCGUCAGGAUGCAGUUUGGGAAGCCACCGGCGCUGGUGGGUCACACUACCGCCCUCCAGUUCGAUGCAGGUGUCAGGGCACCCGGACGGCCAAAGAUCGACCACCUGCGGCGGCUUCAUCUCGGGGCAUAUCCCACGGAGGAGUGCAAAUCCUGCACCAGGUGCGGCUGCGUCACGAUGCUCCGCUCCCCCAACAAGACCACCGCCGUGAGGCAGUGGGAGCAGCGGUGGAUCAAGAACUGCCUCUGUGGGGGCCUUUGGAGGAAGAUGCCUCUCGGCUACUCGUGACUGCGCCCCCUGCAGCAAAGGAGGAAGGACUGCGGAAGGUGUCCGGAGCCGUGGAACCGGCCCACCUGCUGGGCAAAGGGGUUUGCGAAAGGGACUGCUCAGCAGUCAUAGAGUUAGGAAAGGACAUUCAAGGGAGGACUAUGGCUGUGAUCAUUCUGUGCCGCUUUCACCACUGCCGUCAUGGCACAGACUUCCAAGGGGCAUCCAGGCCAUGUCACCGAGUGGUUGCCAGGAGUUGAGUCGCAGACAUGCCAGGCUAGAGUUGCUUUCCCCCUCUUUGCACCCUGAUCCUGCCCCCACCUCCAAAUGGCAGCUGUGUUGGAAUGGGGUGACCUCCAGCUUCCUCAGAACAAAGCGUUUUUAAAUUUUUGGCGCUUGCAUUGGGUCAAACUGCAGAAAGGCCCUGAAUGUAGAAAACUAGCAGAUAUGAAAGAGAGAGAGAGGUUUAGCCUAACCACCUUCUUCCCACACUCGCUCUCUACCCAUGGGGAGAGUUUGUGUUUUUGUGGGGAGCAUUCAGCUUCCCUUUAGAAGCAACACGUUUCUGAAUGUUCCAGGUGCCCUGGAAAAAACACAGAAGUUGCCUGCAUACAAAAAGCUAGUAUUCCUGGAAGACGGAGAAAAAGCCCUGAUCAGCUAUUUUCUGCAUGCAGGGAGUUCCUACCUGCAGUCUGAAGUGGGCAGACUGAAAUUCUGCCACCUCGUUCUGCAUAAUCUACAGAUUAGCUCAACCUGCAGUAGGUAACUGUUGCAGGGGUUGGGAACCUGCAGCCCUCCAUAUGUUCCUGGCCUCCCACCAUUGUCCCUGGUCUCUCAAAUUUGUAAAGUAAGUUGGUGUGCAACACACACACACACACCAAACUGAUAGCAACAGCCUCAAAUGUUCCUAGGAUAAGAUUCCCAGGAUAGUCCACGUUUUUGGGAGGGACGGAUCCACGUACAUUUUCUCCAGCCUUAUGUCUAAUUUUCCUGGCCUAUAAACAUAAGACAUGGACAUUAAAAGUAGAAUUUUGGUGGCAGCGGAGAAGUAUGUCUUUAGGGAGAGGAACGAUUUUGUAAAUAUGAUUUUGAGAUUUAUACAAAACAUGGCAAAGUUGUGUGUGUGGUUGUUUCUUGACUUUUCCCACUGAAGUCUCUUCUCAUCCUUGCUUUUUCCAAAGAAAAUAUUAAAACACACAAACACGCAUAUAUACACACACAGAGAGAGGGAGACAUCAGUGUAACAGCUGAGUUGUACCAUGGCACAAUUGUAAGCUUUCUGGUUUUUGGCUUCUGUGCUGCUGUCCUAGACAGCCACAGAAAUUAUUUCUGGCAAGCAAAAUUUUGUUUGCCGGAAAUAGUUUGGUGAGAUUCCCUAGGAAGCAACAGGGGGGCUUGGAACAGCAGCAUCAACUUUUUCAGAUGUUCAAAGGUGACGGAUAAAUCAGCCCUAACAAUCCUCAGAUUGCAAGUCAAUUGGAAGAACUCCUAACCAGGCCGUCAUUUCAGGACAUUCAACGGUGGACGUUUUUCUCUGAUCGUUUCUUUCAUCUGAGUGGGGCCGGUGCGUUCGACGCGCGGCCAGACGUGGAUGUCUGAUGCGGGUUUUGAGUGGCUGCGCCACAGCCAAUUAAUUAUCUCUCUCCUCCAUCUGCUACUCAUGCUUCCCCACGGAUUUCACCCUCUCUUUCUACUGUUUGCGUGCAAAGCCUCCGCGAGUUUAAUUGCCCCGCUUUGUAGCCAACUUCCUUAAUGGCUUCCUCAGAACUGCAUUUCCCGGAAAGGUUCAGUAAUAGCUUUUUAAAACGAACAGAGAAA